AUGACGAGUCCUCCUUCGUCGCGGCCUCGGCGGCGCUGCUCGAAGCGCCGUAGGGCGGCGCGCUGGCGCUCCGUCGCCAUCUUGAUGGAGUCCUGGCGUGCCCAUUCAAGGGCCGCGUCGUCGUCGAGCUCGACCUCGCCGUGCUCCGUCUUCACCGGCGCGAGCCCCGGCUCCGUCUUUGGCUUGACGAAGCGCGGCGCCGGUGAAGACUGGGUGGCAACACAUGUGGAGAGGUGGCGCUCGGGAGAGGGAGGGCUGGGGGAGAAGAGCUCGGCGGCGACGCUCGGGAGAGGUGAAGAGGCGUCUUAUCCAGAAAAAGAGAACAAUCCUCGGUUAAACAUAUUCUAUACGGCCGAUGGCGGCAAAACUCUGUGCUACAACUUGAACUGCGGAGGGUUCGUUCAAACAAGCAGGGACAUCGCCCUGGGCGCUAGCAUCGUCAAUGGUGCAUCCGGUGUAGAUGAUCCCAGCCCUGCCGGGCCUUGGCAUGUGCUGGUGAACGACACGGACCUCGGCGACUACCCUCGGGCCAUUUUCCCGUGGUGGAUGUUCCCUGAAUCUGUUGCCAACCUGAUGGGUGGCACGGUGCUCAACACAUGGCCGGGCGGCAAGCACACCGACACCGUUAUGGGCAACGGACGACGGCCACCCAGGGACUCCAAACCUGCUAUUGUCAAGGGUUACGUAGCUGUUGACCUCGAUGGACACCCCUUCCCCGACACUCUCGAAGUCAUUGUCCACACUGCGCCCAACUGCUACGACCUCAACCUGCUUGGGCAAAGCAAUGGCACCGUAGGUGUCAGCGUUGCAUUCGGCGGAUCCGGUGGACCGGACUGUGCCCCGCGGUCCGCCUAG